GUUUCUUUUUGUAGUAGUUGUUCAAUCACACUCUGAUAUGCCUGCACCAAAGAUCAACCGCGGCAAGCAGCCCAAGAUUGACCGCAUCACACGCGUGCAAAAGCAGCAGCGCCGCCGCGCGACCGCCCAGCGCCAACAACAGCGUGCGGAUGCUGCCUCGGCUGCCGACGCCGACCAGAUGCAAGACGGCGACGAGCCGCGCUACAGCGAGAGCGAUCUGGCCAACGCCGUCCAGGAGCGGCUCCUCCACAAGGUCAUUGCCAAGCAGACGAGGACAAACCCCAACACAAACACAACCAUUUCUGGCAAGAAGAAGCGUUUGUUGAUGAAGGAAAUCCGACGAGCGCACAAGGAGAGCGGCGCCGCUGGACCCGCUGUCAACCCUCAAGAUGUUGUGGUCGCCAUGGAGGUCCAAAGACCAGCUCGUGGCAAGGGUGCCUCCGACGUUGCGCCCAUGCAAUAAGAUGUCAUUGGUUGUUUUGUUUGUUUUGUCACCUUUUUUUUUUUUUCGGCUCGACGGAUGGUUGUUUUGGAUUUGCGUGUACUGUCUCAUUCUUACGAAACUCAACGACAAGGUCGGUCUACAAUUGCGCAUGACUGGCAGAGACCAA